GCUUAUUCGAUAGUGAGCUCUGACAAGAUACAGAGGAAUAGUGUGACACACAGUCUGGCAGGCUCACAGGUGUUGUGUAUUUAUUCAAAGAUAUAGAUUAAGUGAAUAUAAAGGAAAAUGAGUGCCUAUGACGAUAUGUGUGUUCUCCCAAACCCUACACUAGUUACUCAAGUGUGUUCAACAAAUAUUUCUACCUCAACUCAUAAAAACAAGGCAUUCCUAUGGAGAUUAAUAGACUGCGCGAGGCUCGGCCUGCUUCUCCUGCUCGUAGCAAGUCCUGUGUCUGCUGUUCCCGUCAGGAGUCGAAGGACGUCUACCUCGAGCGCCUAUUCCUAUAGCUCUAGCGACACAAGAGUGCCCCUCGAGGACACGGCGGAAGCCACUUUAGAACGAGCGAUAGCCCAACAGUUACAACUAGCAGCGGAACGGUCUUCCCCCAAACAGUUAAGAUCGCUACAAGAAAGAGAACUAAGUCCAGCCAGUAGAAGCAGAAGAGGCAGCGGCAGCGGCAGCAGUAGCAGUAGCAGCAGUAGCACUAGCAGCAGCAGCGGCGGCAGCAGCAGCAGUAGCAGCAUUCCAAGCAGUUCAAGUAGCAGGCACUACUCCAGCAGUAGCAGCAGCGUCGUCAGCAGCCGCAGAAUGGAAGACCAACCUGACGACGUUGGAAACAACGCCCGAACCCGCCGUGAGGCCCACUGGUCCCAGCCAUGCACCAACCUGACGCACGACACCAACAACACCCAGCAGUCCCUCAGCGAGUACAUCCUGAGGGCCGUGGCUAAGGCCUACUCCUACAUGGACUCCUUCAAGGAAAAAUUCGCCCAGGAAACCCUGAACAUGGACUGGCGAUCAGCCAUCGACACCUACGCCAAAGACCAGAACAUCGACUUCCUGAAGCAGGUCACCAUCCCGACCACCCUGGACUUCAACGCCCAGCUCCAGGAGGCCUACGAGAUGAUGCAGCGGCUAGCGGUGGGGAUCGAGCAGGUGACCCUCGACCAGGCCCUCUACCGGGGAACCUUCCUGGAGGAGUUCCGGCGGAUAGAGAACCAAAUCGUGGCCAUCCUGUGCCAGCUGCACUACGCCAUGGUUCACCAGCAGCUGUCGCCGAGCGUCGUGGUGACGAAGGAGAUCAUGGCGGAGACCUACCGCGACCUGGAGAGCGAGGGCGCCCGGAAGAUGCGGGACACCAUCAUCGUCAGGGAGUACGACAACGCCCUCACACACCUGAAGAACAUUUUCACGGAGUUCGAGAAGGUGGCUUGAGGAGGAGGAGGAGUGUCGUCACCUUCCCUCCCCCGCUCACUCUCCAUCCCAUCCAUAGACUUCCCCCAGUCUUUCUCAAAGGUCUCCCUUUUUUUUCUUAUCUUCUCUUCGCCGUCUCGAUCUUUCCCGUUUUGCCUCAUCGACUCUGACGGUAUAUAGCUACAAUCAUUCCAUUCCAUACAAUGGCCGUUGGUCCUUAAACGUCCGCUGCUGUAACGAAGACUUGACCACCUCCUCCUCUUCCAAACAUCCUCCUCCUCCUCCUCCAUCUUCAGUGUUCCUGAUAAUGGCCAUGUAGAGACUCGUCCUUCAAAUUAUAAUCAUUCUCUGUUUCGCCCCCUUCGGA